AAAUAUUUUACAUCAAGUUCUUUGUUGACAAUUUAAACUGUCAUAUCUUUUAUAAAAUUGACAAUUUAUUCAAAAGUCUUCUAAAAUGGAUACCCAAUCUCAGGUUAUCCUGAUGACCUUGCCUCAAGUGAUUGAUGCUGCUCUAACAGGACCAGAGAUGGGCAUUGUCAGCUAUCGAUUACUGCACAACAUUUUGCAAGUUAUGUGCCAGCAGAUGAAUUUAGAGAACGUAAAGAUGCAAUAUCAAGGAAUGCAAGCCAACCAGAUACAAAGUAUAUGGAACCCAGAGGUUAAGAGUAGACUGCCUUUAGUGACUGCAUUCAAAAAGACGAAAGUUGGUGAAAAGGAAGGAGAGAGUAUAAUAGUGGUACCAGAUGGUCCUUCAGAAAAUUAUCCGGUUAUGACUAUCGCCAUCACCAACACUCAGCUGAUGGACAUGGAUAAAAACAUAAGAAACCUACAGAAGGAAGUUUCAGAUUUGAGAGAUCUUCCGUCUAACAAAGAAUUGUUCAAGGCUAUAAAAGGUAAAACAGGAGAGGCUUCACCAAUAGUGGAAAUGUAUCAGUUAUUAUCGGUUUCGAAGAGAAUGGAUGCAACUGAACAGGCUGUUACCAAGAUCGCUAGCUUUGUAGAAGAGCUAGCAAAAAACGUUCAAAGUGAAUCUUACCCGGUCGUGGGACAAGAUUUCGAACCUAAGUCGCCUAGACCACAAGCACAUCCGCAAGCAACUGGUAGUGGUGUUUCCACAGAUAAGACGCAGGUCUCAACAGAAAGAGUGAAAGAGAAACCACCCAGCAUCUUGAGAAUUAAGGAUGAUUCAACUCCCGACGUUGGACAUGUGAAGAAAGCCCCAUCAGCAGUAGAUCCCUACAGUACUUCCAAGACAUCAGAUAUAGCAGCUCCUGGAAAAUUAGUAGCUUCCCUAUCGAAGACAGAGAACUUAGAUCAACCGGUGGUUACGGUAAAAGAAAAUAUUUCACAAGAAGGAUUCACAGAAAAAAAGCCUCAUUCCCCUCCGAGGAAGGACGUCAAAGCAGAUUCACCGCCAAAGCGCAUCUCCAAAGUUCCAUCAAGUUUAGCGAUUCCGGAGUCCAAGCUGACACACAUUCGGGGCAACAUUUCAAGUACCCAUAUGAUGGGAUUACUUCAAGAAGAGGUGAAAAAUUUGAGGUCGAUUGUGGAACAUUUGUGUAGCAAGUUGGAAUCAGGUGCACCUCAACUCACUCCUAUUGCUGGAACUGUAUCGCCAGCAAAAACAAGUACUGGACAGUCUACGAAGUCUUCUGUUGACGAACACAGAGUGGCUCAAGUUGAAGCUAAGGUGAAUCAGUGUAUCAUCCAGAUAAACAAGAUGGAUUCGGCCUUUAGCACAUCCUACAGUGGUAUCACGAACCGUAUAGCAGAUAUGGAGAGCUCGCUGAAGAUACUGUCUAACAAAGCACUCCAAGAUACGGGCAAAGCCGACCUAGAAGAACAGAUGAUGCAGAACAUGUCUACCAUCAACGAUAAAGUCCUGGAGCUAGAGGGUAUAUCUACGAAGCUGUCGGAAGCUGUUUCCCUUCUUCUCGAUGAGAACAACUCCAAGCAGAAUAAGAUUAUGAACAUUUUGGACGACAUCGAUUUCCUGAAAUCAGAUAAGGUUGGACGAGAGGAGUUCACUGAAGCUCUAGCUGAGAAGGUCGAUAUUUGCAUGAUCAACAGGAAGGUUUCGCACGAUCAGUUCAAUGCCACCUGCGACGAUCUAUCCAAGGGAAUAGAAGAGGCUCUUGUGAGGCUGAUGGAACAGGAAGAUCUUUGGCAUGUGGCGCUCAAAGAAAUACAAGAAGAAAUAAACGAGAAACUAGGAAAAGAUGAUCUGUCACCUCUGAAGGAAUUCGUGGUAGAUAAACUGAAAGGAUUACAACAGAAAGUGAAGACUUUGGCAAAGAUAAAGCGGGAACAAGAGGCUGCUGCCACAAAGAGCAAAUUCCUCAAGAACGUGCAGUGCAUUUCCUGCGAUCAGGAGGUCAUGAUGAGGAAGAAACUAGACGAGGCUGUAAAUUAUCCAGGAGCACCAGUAUUUCCACCAAACAAGAACAUCGCUCCAUAUUUGGCGUACGAAUUGGACCAGUUGAGGCGACAACAACGACAAACUCAAUAUGGCCGAAAUCUGCAUCAUUUUGAAUCGGCGACUAGAGAAGAAAAAGGUGUUGUGAAUCGAUAUUGCGGCGGUGCUCACACAAUAACAACUCCACAACAAAGGGUCACCAGAGUCGGGAAUUUCGAUGAGCAGUGGGGCCCGAAAGUUAUACGGGUGGAGAAGGAAAAUUAUCAAAGCCAGUCUGAUAGAAACUUGACAAUCAAAAGCCCCAGGGAUUCUCUUACUGUGAGGAGGAGUUCAGUCAAAUUCGAGUUGGCAGAAAAGGAUGAAGGAAAUCAGGCAAAGAGGAAAUCUAGCGACAAAACAGUUCAAGAGAAUAAGGAAGUUCAAGAGAACAAGGAAAAGAAAUAGAAGACAACCAGUGAGUGGUAAAAAAUUAUGGGUCAGCCAAUCUACUGAUGAAAUCGAGGACUUUUGUCAAUUUGAAGUUAUUCAUUUACUUUUAGUUUUUAAGUGUACUUUUUUAUGAUUCUGUGUUUUUUACGAUUUUUUUGAAUUUUUCAUAUUUUUAUUCGAAUAAAUAUUUUUUAUUGAGGGA